AUGGAGCCGCCUCAGAUUAUCGGAAGUCCCGAUCCGAAUUUCGAUGAAGUCGAACGUGAGACGGGGCUGCAGCGAGAGUCGAGUUUGGGUCCGGAGACACCACGGAGUGUGGACUUCAAUGACUUGAUACAAGAGCUGGGCAAGGAGGUUGCCAAGAUGGAUGUGAAAGACCCCGAGCUCUUACGGGCCACUCUCGCGUCCUCCGCCUUGUCCUGCUUUGGUCAGGUCUUGCACAAGAAAUUCCAUGGAGAUAUGUACCCGGCUAGCUUCCAGACGGAGGACAUUGACUGUUUUUGGAGUCAUUCAUGGCAUGGGCUGGCUUGGGAGAAGAUCUUGUUGCUCAUGCUUUUAUACAACGGACGGGUGUCUUUGGUGGUUGGUAAUCUGGCAGCAAUGCUGGGGAUGGCUCUCUUCUUUGCGGGGCUGUUGCCAGCUUAUCCACGAACAUUCUCGAUUGAGGGCGCUACCUACGACUUUGGCCCCUGGGGGUUGACGUUCGGUUGCAUCGCAACCUUGUCUGCGCUCGUGCUUGGACGGCCUGGAUCAAAGGUCUUUGUGGAUCGGAUAUGCAUCCACCAGUCAGACGAGAUGAAGAAGUCAAUGGGUGUCCUCAGCAUUGGUGGCAUCAUCAAGCAUUCGAAAACCAUGUUGGUACUGUGGGACCCGUCGUACUCAACAAGGCUUUGGACAACGUUUGAGCUUGCCGCGUUUUUGAAGAGUCACGGAGAGAGUGGCUUGAUCGUCCGACCUACCUUCCUUGCCACAGCCUCGGUCGCAGUUUCUCUCUUCGGGCUUCUGAUGAACCUCUGCAACGUUGUGGUGUCAAUCGAGAAUGCAACAGCCGCCCUUCUGACGAUUGCAGGUUUGAUGCUCAUGAUUCUUGUGAUUGGGGGUGCUGGGCUCCGCAAAUACUUCCGCUGGGUGGACCAAUGCAGCCUCCAGCUCGCAGAUUUCUCCAUGGCAGCUGCGAAAGCCCACUGUUGCACCAUCAAUCACGUGGACGAGUUCGGGGUCAGAACGCUCUGCGAUCGGGAGGUCAUCGCGGAAUGUGUGUGCAGCUGGUUUGGCAGUGUCAAGGAGUUCGAAGAAUCCGUGACUCUGUUCUUCUUGGCACAUGUUUGGUUGUCUUGA